GGGGCAGUCUGCAGAGGCUUCGAAACAAGGUAAUCACAAAAAGAAAUUUAUACAAUGCCAGACUGCAUUGUAAUCGGUUGCACCAGCGCAACAAGAAAAGGUCGACCUCAACCAAAUGUUAGUUUCCAUGUCUUCCCAAAGACACAUGACAAAAUAAGGAUUUGGCUACAACAAACAAAUCAAUAUACUCCGGAGCAAUUAGAACCCAUGGUUCAAAGAAUUUUUGAUACGAACAAAACAGUCAAAUACCGUAUGUGUUCAAGACAUUUUCAUCAGGACUGUUAUUACUCUCAUGGUGUCAACAAAAAACUAAAAGCAGAUGCUGCUCCUACAAUUUUUCCAUCACGUAUAACACAUUCAGAAACAACGACUGAUACUUCUCUAAAUGAUCCUAGAAUAUGUCCAUUAACAUUAUCUGAAGCAAUAGCAUCAACAUCUAGUGCAUUUAUUAUUGAAAACCAACCCAGAAUAAAUGUAUGUCAUGCAUGUGGUCACCGAACAAAUGUAACUUUAGAUGACGCUUCGACAAAUACUGUAGAAAUAUAAAAAAUUGAUAACUCGACCUCUUUUGACCCAUUUCUUGGAACACGAAGUUCGAGUGUGCAAACAUUAAAAACAAUCCGAAAUCAAUCCAAAGCUACUAGCACAAGAGAUUACUUCAAAAAAAAGGACCAAUAUACGUGGACAAUGGGAGACAUGUCAGCAGAUAACAGUCUUCAAGGGAGCAUUGCAUCUGUACAAGACCCAUCAUCCAUUCCGGUUCCAGAAAUCACAAACUGUGGAUAACAUUCAAAUAAUCCAUCCAUUUAUUGAUAUUGAUAAUAGAGAUAACAUUAGUACCAUAUCAAAUGUCGAUCCUUUAAUUGAUAAUUCUCUAAUCGAACACAAUAUAGAUAGUUUAGACAUAUCUAAUGUUGAAGAUAUGGACGUCCAGUCUAAAGAUCCGACUUACAUUCCCGAAACAACGGAAGAAACACAAGAAGAAUAUUCAAUUUUAGAAGAAGUAACUAAACAUCUAGUCUAUGAACCAAAAUACAUUGUAUUUGAAAGAUCCUUAGAUGAGCUUAUAAAACUCAUACCUUGCAGAUUUGAAAAACCUUGUUCCGCACCAAUGAUGUCUGUACAUAAGAGUAAUUGGGACUUUACUGAUUGUUACUGGUGAGUGUGAGGCUGGACAUAAUUCGACAUUAUGGUGUAGUCAACCCACUAUUGGCCAAAAACCCGUUGGAAAUAUUUUGGCUUGUUCAUCUUUACUAUUCACCGGUAAUCAAUUUGAAAAAAUCAACGAUUAUUUCAAAUAUUUUGGAAUUUGCUUUCUUUCAAGACAGACAUUUUGUAACUAUCAGAAAAACUUCCUUUUUCCGACAGUUGACACAUUUUGGAAAAAUGAAUGUGCAAAAAAUAUUGAUAAUUUACAAGGUAGUACUUUGAGUGUCACAGGGGAUGGGCAAUGUGAUAGCCCCGGAUUCUCCGCAAAAUAUUGUAUCUAUACGAUAAUGGAGGACCGUUCCAAGAAAAUUUUGGAUAUACAAAUUGUUCAAGUAUCAGAGGCAUCCUCAUCAGUAGCUAUGGAGGCAAAGGGUUUCCGGCGUGCUAUCAAUAGCUUACUUUCCAAAGGAUUAUUAACAGUGGUAGUUGCAACUGACAGGCAUGUCAGCAUACGUAAAAUCAUCAGAGAGGACUAUAAAAAUAUAAACCACCAAUUUGACAUCUGGCACUAUACAAAGAGCCUUAAAAAAAAAUACAUAGUGUUGGAAAGAAAAAAAAAUGUGCUGAACUAACAAAAUGGGUACCAUCUAUAGCUAACCACUUAUGGGCUUGCAGCGUGUCCUGUCAGGGUGAUACAGAUAGAAUGGAGAAAUUAUGGAAGUCGUGCCUCUACCAUGUUUUGAACAUCCAUUCAUGGGAAGAAAAUGGCAUUGAAUACAAAUGUAACCACGGAGAAUUGCAAUUGGAUAAAGAUCAACCAAGAAAAUGGCUAAGCAAACAAUCUGAGUCAUUCCAUGAAUUGGAGAAGAUUGUUUGUGAUGCACAAAUGAUAAAAGAUUUAAAACAUCUGAAUCUUUUUUGUCACACAGGAAAGCUGGAAGUAUUCCACAGCUUCGUCUUGAAAUAUCGUCCUAAAAGGAUUCAUUUCAAGAUGGAUGCUAUGGAGGCUAGAACUAAACUUGCAGCGCUAGCAAACAACAGAAAUUCCCAUCGUGUACAAGCAAAGGUGAUGCACCCAACUCCAAACAGUGCUAGUUAUGGGGAUUUAAAAUAUCUAUCUUACUUCCCGAAGAGUAAAAAACAAUGGAUGGUUCGACCGGUGUAUGAGGACAUGGACUUGUCUUACAUAUUUGAAAUGAAUAUUGAAGUGCUUGAUUUAAUUGAAGGAAAAUCAACUCACUCCUGGGAAUCUAGAAACGUGCAAUUACCUCCGAACAUUGCCUCUACUCCAAAACCAGAAAAAAAAUUAUUGAUUCAAAAACAUCAAUCCAGAUUUUGAAACAUUUAAGAUUCACUAACACAAUAAUCAGACAUUUAACAAUCAAAAAAUAUUGAUGUACCAAAAAAAAA